UGUAUUCUUUUAGACUUUAUCAUGGCGACUAAUAUGGUGGUUGAGCAACCUCAGCUGGCACAGGUGGUCCAAAACUCCCAGGAGUGGGGAACUGGGAUAUUUGACUGUCUCGAUGAUUUGCGAUCGUGCUGUUUUGCAUACUGGUGCUUCCCCUGCUUCGCAUGCAUGACAUCUAGAGACUUUGGCGAGCCUCUCUGUCUCCCACUCCUGGAUGUAUUUGGUGGUCUCAUCCCGCCAAUCACCUUGGCCAUAAGGGUCUCCAUGCGACACCGCUAUGGCAUCCAGGGUUCAAUUCCUCUGGACUGUGUGUUCUCCACUUUCUGUGGCAUCUGCUCCUGGUGUCAGAUGUCCAGGGAGAUAAAGAGACGGAAACUUCCAGUCGUCGUGAUCACAACCAAAAACGCAUAAACUCGCAGUCACCAUCUGGCCUGAGAUGUUCUGGUGCUGGGAAUGCUGUAGAUAUUUUUCACUGAUGAACAUUUGUGUUUUCUGAAUUAGCAUGGAGAAUCCUUGCAUUAUACAGAUAUGUAAGCCAUAAUAAGAUUUUCAUUUCAACUUUAUAAUUAAAGGCAAAUAAAUUUGGAUACAAUCUUGCAGUUAAUAUUGUUUCUAACAUGGGGUUUGCUAUGUAAAAACAUUGCACCGCAUAGCUUCUUUGUAGAAUAAAUGAAACAGAAAAGUAAC